CUGCGAGUCCAGGUUAGUCUGUGCAGUAGCUUGUAAAGGGCUCUCGGUGAAUGCAGGCUGCGGACAGCGUUGCUAUCGCGGUGUCAUGGGUCUCAUGUCUGUCGGUGCUCUGCUGACCUGCCAGGCUCUGGAGCAGCCCGGUGUAACCCAUCAGUCGUUAUAAAGCAUCUGCUGGUCGCUUGCUAGCGAAGCGUCUCUAAACAGUAACUUGUCAGGGCUGAUGGCAUCUGUAAGGAAGGGCUUUGGUGACGUGAGGCAGGACCAGCUUAAACCCCCCCCUCAGCAAGGGCUUGGGAAAGGAAGAGCGAGUGUUUCGAACAGCUCACCUGCUCAGAGCAGUUUCACAAAGCCAUCAGCCCCAGGGAGUUAUGCUGCAGUUCCUGCUUGUCUCUUAUGGGAUUAGAACUAUGGGGUUGCACAUGUGCCUCUCAGGUGUCCCGUGGCCCAUCAAGUUAGUUCAGCAGUGCUUGCUUUGGGGUGUUUGUGUGCAGGGGAAGUGAAACCGGAGCCCUUUCUGCAGAAGCGAACUGGAAGCAGAAGUUCCUGGGUUUAGCUUUGUGAUUACCUUGGUCCUGCGCCCCUCCGUCCUGCUGCAAUGAGUGGCAAGUCCUUGCUCUUAAAGGUCAUUCUCCUUGGGGAUGGUGGAGUUGGAAAGAGUUCCCUCAUGAACCGGUACGUCACCAACAAGUUUGACUCGCAGGCCUUCCACACCAUUGGGGUGGAGUUCCUAAACCGGGACCUGGAGGUGGAUGGACGUUUUGUGACCCUCCAGAUUUGGGACACUGCGGGACAGGAGAGAUUCAAGAGCCUGCGAACCCCCUUUUACAGGGGAGCAGACUGCUGCCUGCUGACCUUCAGUGUGGAUGACCGGCAGAGCUUUGAGAACCUCAGUAACUGGCAGAAGGAGUUUAUCUAUUAUGCUGACGUGAAGGACCCUGAACACUUUCCAUUCGUAGUCCUGGGCAACAAGAUAGACAAACUUGAGAGACAAGUGAGCACAGAGGAGGCCCAGGCCUGGUGCAUGGAGAACGGUAACUAUCCGUACCUGGAGACUAGUGCCAAGGAUGACACCAAUGUGGCAGUGGCCUUUGAGGAGGCUGUGCGACAAGUGCUGGCGGUGGAGGAGCAGCUGGAGCACUGCAUGCUGGGCCACACCAUUGACCUGCACUCCAGCUCCAAAUCAGGGUCUUCCUGUUGUUAGGAGAGGCUGCUGCUUUGGGAACAUCGCUUGAGCCAGCAGCUGUAUUGGAACAGGCACGGGCAGCUCUGGGGCACUCUGAGGAGCGUGGCCACAAGGACAAUAUGUGGUUUGCUCACUCGGGAGUUGCAGCCUCACCAUCCGAGUUCUGGCUGGAGUUUUUGGGCACAGAGCAUGUAUCUGCAGGAAGGAGCUGUUAAAGAGCACAUGAAUGUAGUCCUGCUUCCAUCUCUGCCUGUUGUAGCAGGUUUAAAGGACUGGGUUAAAGUCCUUUAAAUUCACUAAAGACAGUAGUGAUCUGAUCUGUACCAAGAACUGCCUGCAGAACACAGCUGAGAGUGCCCUAGACAGUCUGUGAAGUAUUUUAGCCCUGAAUUCAAACAAAUACUAGACCCAGUACAUGACCUUACUGCCAAAGGAAUGUCUGCUCAGCAUACUGAAUGAAACCUGCUGUAGAGACUGUAGCCCAUGUAACUGUGAGAAUGCCAAAUACCAGAGUGGCUGAGAUGAGUGUAUCUGUUGUCUGGGAUAAGUGCAUUUUGUCCUGAGACUGACUUGUCCUGGGAAUUGUUACAGCUCUGAUGUGAAGCAACACAUGAAGAAGGGAUGGACCUGUGUUUGAAUGUGGCAGCAUCACUUCUUCGUAGCUGCCUAUUCCUGAUCUGUUUUUUCCACACCUCAAGCUCUGUCUUGUGUGAGUGUUAUCUUGUGGAGAGACUGCUUCUUGUUUAAUAUAUGUUUCCUUGUCUCUUGUGGAGGCCUAACACUGGAUCUUGCUUUUCAUACCUUGAAGCCCUGGAUGAAAAAUACUGAUGUGGACAUUGCUGGGUCAUGUCAGAGGGUUUAGAGUCACUCAAGAGUUCAGGAGAUCUGGAGCGUGAAACUUCAGCUGUUUUCUGUCACAAGUAAUCACUGUGCCCAGAUGUUAUGCUCUAGCACAGCGGAUGGAGGUGGGAUAUCUCGGGGGUGUGCAGGUAGCUGGGAGAGUCAUGCAUGGUCAGCUGCUAAACCCACUCUGUGUCCAGGGCUGGGACCACUGUACUUUGUUAGCUGGUGGGUCAGCAUCUUCAGUUGCUUUAGCACGGAUGUUCCCAUCUGGGUGCUGCAACUUAGAACUGUUCACUUUGUUACCUGUUGUCAGGUGCAGUGCUACUGAGCACAGUUAAUGCAUAGCCUUGUGCUGGCCCUUACUCCUUACACAGGGAAUCCUGUAUGUUUUAUCUGUAAUUCAUAUAACAGACCUUAUUUGUAGAGGAUGUCCACUUUGUUAACUGGCCGUUGUUAAUGGCCGCAGCACCAGUUCCACCUCUGUUCAAGGUGUCUGGAAAGUGGUAUGGGGAGGCAAGGAACCUUCUAGAAAAGGACAUCAGGCUUCACUGAUCCUGAUUCCUGCCCCCUGCUAGGUGUUAGUCCCAAGCUAUCUGUGUAGCAAAGAGAUGAAUGCUUGCUGACUGCUGUCUUUACCAUUAAAACCUCAUGUCUUGCAA